AUGGCAUUUUUGGGGGCUUUGAAGGUUGUGCAGAAGGUUGCCCACCAGUUGAAAGACUUCACCGAAGACACUGGGAAGAAAGCCUUGGACGGUGUGCAGAAAGUUGCCAAAGAUGCGAAGGACUUGUCUGAGGAUGCGAGCAAGCAAGCUUUGCAGCAAGCUUGGGAAAAGACUUUGGAGGGCGCCAAGAAAAUUGGCAAGGAGGUGAAAGAGUUGACAGAGGGCACUGGCAAGAAAGCAUUGGAAGGUGCCCAGAAAGUUGCCAAAGAUGCAAAAGGUUUUUCUGAGAAUGCUUGGGAACAGACUUUGGAAGGCGCGAAGAAAAUUAGCAAAGAGGUGAAGGACUUUUCUGAAGAUGCGACUAGGAAGAUGGCACCUGUCGGGCCUGUCGGAAUCAAUUUGCUUGAAAUGGGUCUGAAUCCUCUGAUACUUGCCAACCUCACAACAGCCUCUGUGCUCGUUGACCUGCCUUUGCUGUCUAUCCCAUUAAUUGGGAUUGGCCUACAUUCCUUGGGCCGACAUGCCUCUGCCCGAGAUGCCCAAGAUGCCCGAGAUGCCCGGGAUCCGGACUUUGAAUCUUUGGUGACGAGGCCGUUCGAUCAUACCCAGCCCUACAGAGAAGUGAGAGACCCAGGGACAUUGCUGUGGAUUCCACACACAGCUUUUCCAUGUGACGUGGUGACUGAGUCAGGUUACACCGAUCUUUCCCAUUUGCGUCCUUCCAAUGGAGAGCCACAGCCAAUGGAUCCUGUUCCAGUCAUCGAUUUGAGCCACGAGUUUGACAUGGCGCAGCUCGACGCAGAGGAUGUCGCCAGUGUUUCCGACUCAACCGAUGACUUUACCCUGGUGUCAAGUGUUUUCUCAGCUGACGAGUCUGCCUCCAGUGAGGACAGGAGUCUUGACACCUUCCCUGUGGAGACGGCACCAGCCAUGCUUCUGGAGAGGAUGCGAGAUUUCCUUGAGAAGGAGGAGAAAUUUGAUUCGCCGGCAGCAGGUGCGUUGCGUGUCCUGCUGCAGCAUCAAGGGCGACCAAUGGGUCCUGUGAACAUCAGCUUGGCUUGCCGUCCAGAUUUGGUGCUUGAUUUGGAUUUCGGCAGAUGCCACAGAGGAACCGCUAUCCAGAUCUAUCGCAAAGAUGGAGUGAAUGGCAACCAAAAUCAACGCUGGGAGCUGCAUGGAGAUUCCAUUCGCCUGGCUGCAGAUGAUGCUUGGGGACUUGGCGGUGCUGCUGAGUUGGAGGAGGUCAAGUUGGAAGACCUGGAACACCAAGCAGCCUUCGUGUUCGAGGAUGGGCGCAUCAAGCUGGCCAACAAUCGCCAGCUUUGCCUGGAUGUCUGCGGAGGUCGCUUGGAGGCUGGCAGCAAGGUGAUCCUUUACCCAGUGAAACCCGAUGAUGACGAAGGGAGGUGCAACCAGCUGUGGAUUUUGAACCACGCGUGA